AUGUCAAUUAUCGAUAAAUCAAAUAUACACAAAAAGAUUUACAAUCUACAAAAUCAAAUCAACUAUCUAGAUCAUGAACAAAUCCUACUAGAAAAUCAAAUCAAUAAAAAGUUAUUGCAUUUAAGAGAUACAAAUCUAUUCAAUUUCAUCUUAAAUAAUCCCAAAAUCAAUAAUUUAAUUAACAACUCAAAUUCAAAUAACGCUAAUCUACACUUGAAAAAAUACUACGAAUUAAAGGGCCAUUUGAAUAACAUCCAAUGCAUAAAAUGGACCAACGAUUCAGACUACUUGAUUACUGCUGAUGAUAACCAUAACUUACUCUUCUGGAAUGCUCAACUAGGUCUUAAAAUUGGUAUCCUAAAGCUAAACCAAACUGAUUACACAACUUCUGUAGCAAUAUCUCCAAAUAACCAAAUUGUUUGUUCUGGUAAUCUCGAUAACAAAUGCAUCUUAUUCAAAUUACCAAACUACAAAGCAUACAUAUCCUCAAUUAAUAACAACUUUAUUAACAAUAAUACCAAUUUUACCAGCUAUCCUACUCAUAGUCAUAAAAAUAGUACUCAAUCAACAAAUUCAAAUAACUCAAAUAAUUCAAAUAACUCAAAUAACUCAAAUAAUUUAAAUAACUCAAAUAACUCAAAUAACUCAAAUAACUCAAAUAAUUCUUACGAUUACAACUCCUUUGAAAUGACUUCUAAACUAUUAAAUCCCUCGAUAAUAACAACUUUGGAAUCUCCCUCAAAGAGUUAUAUAUCUGAAUCUGAGUUCAUCGAUAGUAAUUCACUAUUAACCACCUCAGGAAAAUUAGCUUCAUUAUGGGAUAUCAAUAAAAAGAAAAUCACUCUCAAUUACGAAAAUCACAUCUCUGAUAUUUCUUCUCUUUCCAUUCAAUCAAAUAACAUCAUUGUUAGCAGCAGCUCUAUUAAAAAUAACUUGUUUUUAACUAGUAGUGGAAACAAUUCAGUUAAACUACAUGACUUGAGACAACCCGCCUCGAUUCUUAAAUUCAAUGUAAAUAAUCAAAAUCUAAUAACUAGCUUUAAUAAUGAAAUCACUGCUGUCAAAUUCUUACCAAACAACCAUAAUUUUGUUGCCGGUACUGCAAAUAAGGAUAUCUCACUUUAUGAUAUAAGAGUCGGUUCCGUUCAAAUUCAAAAUUAUUCUUUCAAUGAUCAAAUGAAUAACUCAAAUUAUGUUUAUGCCAAUAAUAAUACUAAAAACACAUAUACAAUUAACUCUAAUAACGACUUUAAUUGCAACUUAAAUGUUCAAUCCAAUCUUAACAAAAAGAAUAAAAAUAAAAGUUCAAAUUUUGAUAAAUACUCUUCACUUUUUUCAUCCCUAGAUAAUAACGAGGACGAUGAAGGAAUCCUUGAUAUAAACUUUUCAAGAUCAGGUAGAUUAAUGUUUACAUCCGUCGAUAACUACGGUGGUGUAGUAUGGGAUCUUUUAAAAGGCAAUAUAAUUCAGAGAUUGGACAAAAAUAAUGGAAAAAAUAUUCGUCGUAUGGCAAUAAGUCCUGAUGGUUUAGCUUUAGCUACUGAUUCAAUAACUAAAAACACAAUUAGCAUUUGGUCUAUUUAAUUAAUUUCACUCACUCAUAUUUUUAUAUAAAC